AUGAGCGCGGCAAUUAAUCUCAGGGCGGGUGACGUCACCCCCCCACCCUCCCACGUAAAGGGGAUGAUUAACUACAGACAGGAAGACGGAUUGACAAAUAGUCGUUUAGGCACUCCCAUAAACAGAUUACCGAUCAUGGCCAAAUCUGUCCUAGAUCUGUAUGAAUUGUACAAUCUCGUGAUAGCUCGAGGGGGUCUUGUGGAGGUUAUAAACAAGAAGCUUUGGCAAGAAAUAAUCAAAGGGCUCAGGCUGCCAUCGUCUAUUACAUCUGCUGCUUUCACACUCCGUACACAAUAUAUGAAGUAUCUGUACGACUACGAAUGUGAGAAGAAGAAUCUAUCGACCAGGAGUGAGCUGGACGCUGCCAUAGAAGGAAACAAGAGGGAAGGAAGGCGCGCCUCCGGACAGUAUGACGCUCAAGCGGCUCUAGCUAUGCAUUCCUUCCAGCCUCCGUUGAACCGCGUGCCGGCAUCACUAGCUCAACUAUCGCAGCACAUGCAGCCGUUGUCUCUUUCACUCGGUGGUGUGCCCAGACUACCCCCGAUUCCACCGCACGCGCCACACAUCUCCCAGCACGAUAUAGAAUACCGCGUGAGGGAAUAUAUGAAGAUGAUACAGCAACAACGGGAGCUCAUGAGGAACGGUUCCGAAUCACCUCCAGGAUCGAACGGUCCCGCUCCUAUAAUGUCGCCCCGCGACGCCGCCGCCCUCAGUGCAAUUGAUGUGUCCCGCCUGACCCUUUGGUCCCUCUACAAUAACAAUAACAACAGUCCACAGCCAGAAUUAGAGCCACAACGUGAGGCCUUAAACCUUAGUGAGAGUCCAAACUCCAGCACUAGUGGUGGCAAGCGUGAAGCGUGCCGUUCACCCCCGCCCCCCGCUAAGCGGCGUACUCCUCGGCCGCCCUCGCCUCGCGCGCCCUCUCCGCCCCGCUGCCCGCCGCCAGCGCAAGUCAACGGCAACGUACCGCCUAAUGGGGUUAAUGGGGCCGCUUUCAAAAUCACCACAAAAGGUGAUGCAAGCACAGGCGAUCAACAACUAGACGUCUCUAUAGAAUUAAACGGUGUUACAUAUGAAGGAGUCUUAUUCCCAACCAAUGGAAAAGGGAAUGGUAAUGGACAGAACGGUAGUGGGCAGAAUGGUCACAGGCAAAUGGUAUCUUAAGGCUUACGCUGCAGAAUUCAUUAUCGUUACAUUUCUCAAGUCUCGGAUUCUAUAUGAUUUCAGAUCUAUAUGCUGAGAUUCAGAGAUUCUAUAUGCUGCAAUAUGUUGCCAUUGCCUAUGCUCAAGAGUUUAAGCAGGAAAGGAGAUUCUGUGUUUACUAUCUGUCACCUUGGAAUUUGUUCUGGAAUGUCAUUCCAAUUUAACAUAGAUUGGAGAGUCCAUUGUAAUCUUGCCGGUAUAAAUAGCAUUGUACCAGAAGAAUAUCCUAUCUAAUUAUUUCAUCAUGCGUUUCAAAGGACCAGAUGUUUAUUCCAAUAUCGUUCUCAUCAUGAUCUUAAGUCUUUUGAGCAUAGGCAACUCAUUCGCCGUCAAAUUGUAGUGAGUCCAGGUUAAGUUUAUAUCUAAGGCUUAGGUUACACCUUGUUUGCAUAUACUGGAGAGUAUAAAGUAGGAAUUGACUUCAAUAUUAUACAAAUAACUUAAGCUCUUGUUUUAGACGUGUACUGAAAUAAUGAAAAUAAUGUCUGUAUUGAAACUGAGCUAAGAUCAGUGAUGGUCAGAAUAUAAUAUUGAUUGACGAUUACAUUUCGAAAUUAACGUUAUGGAUUAAAAUGUCAAUGACACAUAUUAAUUAUAUAAUUGGAGACAAAUCCAAAAUGAGAAGCCUCGCUUUAUGUCAGAUUAAAAUGUCUUCCAGUAGGCUUGCAAUAGAAUAUAACAUUCAAAAGGCAGUCGGAACAUAUCUCCUAAGCAGUAAGAAAAUAAAUAAAUUGUCAAUAUUAUGUAUUAAUUAAUCAGGAAUAUAUUUGGUCUAUCUCUGAGUGAGACAUAUUCUGUUGCGCGUUUAUAUUAUGUGCUAAAAUAAAACUUAAUUUACUAUUAGAUAUAAACCUAGCCAAAGCGACAAAAUUAUAUCACAUUGAUCUCAAAACCGAAAGAGGUAUUGGGACUGAGGAACUGCAUAAUAUAUCUGCCUAUAUAUUUUUGAACUCGAAUCGUUUUAGUACAAAUUCCGUUGUCAAAUUUAUCGUCAAUAAUUUCGAAUGUGAGUAAGUUUCGUAAUUUUAUUUGUAGCGGCCAUAACGGCUCACUUAUAUAUUGAUCAGUAGGAUCUUCAUACGAAGCGUUAGCUCAUGUCAUUUAAUGAUAAACAAAUGACCGAUUAAUGAGCUACAGAAAUCGCAAUCCGCCUGCAGUACCUAUUGACUGAUUUAAAUGAGCCAUAUGAUGUACAUCACUGCCUGUGAGGAACUAGGAAGUUAUUCAUACUUUAUGAUUCCUUAAGGAUUAUUGUAUAUUUUUUUUUAAUUUUAACUGAUUGUGUCAUGACAAGUGACUUUUUUUGUAAAUAUAGUUUUAAAGCGUAAUUUAUAAAUUUGAUGUUUCGGUCGUGUGAUAGUUGGAAUGAGCGUUUUUGUUUUAUUAUUUUAAUUUGUGACUUGUAUAUUUCUGUAAAUAUGAAACAUUUUUCGAGUAGUGUUUUUUUUUACAAACCAACAGUAUGUUUGUGAUUAUGUUGUUGGGAGGUGUAAAUUUUAAUUGUCGACUACUAUGUCAGUAUUGUAUUUAGGAAUAGGUGUCUAUUUAUAUGAUUGUCUGUGUUGCAAGUUUUUGUUUCUUUGUAAUAAAUUUCUAAAAGUAUUUAAUCAGCGAGUGUAAAGCGAAUUAUUAUUGAUUGACUGUAGUGUGACAAUCAUUUCUAUAUUCAUCCCUUUCGUUCAUGAUACAUUGUAAUAUUUUGUCGCCUUCUCAAAAAUCAUCAGUAAGCAAUUCGUCGCUGUCAAAAUGUAUGUAACUGAAAUUGUCUAUGUUUAAUUAAUUGAUCUGGUUUUAAAUGAAUACAAUCUCGAAUACACUCAAUAACAUUGUAUUACACACAAUAAAGGUCGUUAGAGAAAGCCAUUUAAUUAUUUAAAUAUUUUAAGAAUUAGCUUAAGGUUCUGUCCUCGUCGUACCGAAUGAAGAUUUUUAAUCAGCUCUACAACUUUGUUACUAUUCAUAGCAUUUAAAAACAUAACAAUAAUAUUGUGAUAUCUUAUCAAAUUUGUAAUGUUGCCAGAAAUACCUUUAUCAAAUGUUAUAGUACUCCAUGUCCUUCACCGUCUCCGUGUCCUUCUCUGUCUUUCAGAACCACCAUUUGAUAGAGUGAGAAAGAUAGCGAGUGUGCGAGAACACGUCGCGGAAUCCUCAAGCAAGAAAGAUAAAACCCUAUCUUUCUCAUUCUAAUAGAUGGAGACUCUAAGGGACAAAAAGGACAUAAAGAGCUCAUACAGUCCUACCAGA